AUGCCUCGUAUGUCUCCCGAGACGGACGAGUCCGAGCCUUUUCUCGCCGCCGACUUUCUCGAGACCCCGAUCCAACUCGAAGAGGGCACAAACGAGCGCCGUCGCAACACCUUCACGGCCAGAUCCUACCGCAAGCGCGCCACCAGAUCGCCGUCACCGUUUGUCGCCGCCGCUACUGCGCCGCUAGGAUUCUUAGGCUGCUGUGCCGCUCGCUAUCUGCGCCGCCAUGUUCGAUGCACCACCAUCCCCCGCCAGCUUAUACUGCUUUUCAAGCUCUACCUUUUCAGUGUCGCCAUUGUGGCCUUUUCCGUGCUCGUCGUCUUCCCGUCCCAUACCAACCCGCCGCCGCCGUACAGACAGCUCGAGCAACGAUGCGCAGGUCCGUCCCCGAGCGUCGCUUGCGCCAACCCACACAAGGAGAAGAUAUUCAUCGUCGCGUCCAUGUACGACAAGGAGGGAUCCCUGCUGGGCGGGCAAUGGGGCCAGCAACUGCUCGAUGUUGUUGAUCUCAUCGGGCCCGAAAACGCCUUUGUGUCUAUAUACGAAAAUAAUAAUGCGCCCGCUGGCACGGCUGCUCUGCACAACUUCCGCCGACGACUGCCUUGCAAGAGCGAGCUCGCUCAUGAGCAGGACGUGGAUCUCUCGCAGUUUCCCAACAUCACCAUGCCUGACGGCUCCCAGCGAAUGAAGCGCUUAGCUUACCUCACCGAGCUGCGCAAUCGAGCCAUGUGGCCUCUUGACCGCUUCAACGAGUCCAUCGGUGCCUUUGACAAAGUCCUGUACCUCAACGACGUCUUUUAUCGCCCCAUGGACGCCGCCCACCUCCUCUUUUCUACCAAUGCCGACGACAGCGGACGCACGCACUACUUGUCUGCGUGCGCCAUGGACUUUGCCUCGCCAGGUAUUUUCUAUGAUUCUUACGCUCUGCGUGAUGCUGAAGGAUUCGGCGUCGGCUCCCAAGAGUACCCCGUUUUCACAACAGCCGGUGACGCCAUCUCCCGCCACGAUAUGCUAGGCGAAACCGAUGCCGUCCGUGUCGGCGCAUGCUGGUCUGGCAUGGUUGCCAUGCAAGCACGAUGGGUCCAAAACACAAAAUCUACCUCGCUGCCGACGCCCGACUUUCAAGACGUUGGUGCCCAUGUCAUCGAUCCCGAUGCCCCGAAGCCUGUCGAGAUUCCCAUCCGAUUCCGGUAUGAGCCGGAAAUCUUUGCCGAUUCGUGCGAAUGCUGCCUGUUCCUCGCUGACGUCGCCACCGUCGCGCGCAACGCCGGCGCCCUGGACACGGACACGUUUCUCAACCCCUACGUGCGCGUCACGUACAAGCCGCAGCUGCUACCCUGGAUCCUGCUGAGCAAGCGCUGGGAGCGCAUCUGGGUCCCCUUGCAGCUUUUCCGUACGUGGCUAGCGAACCUCCCAGACUCCAACCCUCAUCGCACGGUCCAAGAGGGCGAGACCUUUGUCGAGGAGGUUUGGGUAGCGAACCGCUCGCUCGCGGCCGGCGGCCACUGGGACAUGAAGGAGCGCAAGGGUCGCAACGGCAUGAUGUGCUGGGGUCGCAUGAUGCACUUGAUGAAGCUGGGGGGCAAGCGCGGAGGGGAUAGAAAUUGGGAACGGGCUCGUAUACCAAGUGGUCAUGUACAGUGA